AUGACGAACCUGCAGAAUCCCGUUAAAAAGUCCACAUGCUCCUCAACUAUGUGGCGAAACGGCGAGGGUCUACUUCAGAAAGCAUCUCCUAACUUUUCUGAAAUGCUAAAAGAGGAUUCAAGUGCUCCAAAUGGCUGGCGUGCACCCAGACCAGGAGAGAUAUUUAAGAAUCCAAAUCUUGCCAAGACUUUCAGAACACUUGCAACCGAGGGUAAGAGAGGAUUUUACACCGGAAAAAUCGCUGAAGAAAUCGUCAGAGUUACUCGAAAUCUAGGUGGAUUUCUGGAAUUAGACGAUUUGAAAAACCACAUGGAGAUCGGCAGUGAGGAAUCUACACCCAUCUCAAAAGUUUUCAAAGGUCAAGGAUAUAACAAAACCCAUCAUUUCGUUGAUGGAAUUUCCGGCCAAGGCAUUAGCGAAGACAACCAUGGCAUCAGAGUUUGGGAACAUCCACCCAACGGCCAAGGACUCGUCGCACUCAUGACCCUCGGUAUCCUCGAAGAACUCGAAAACAUGGGUAAAAUCCCGCAUUUCACAGAAAAUGACCACAAUUCAUCUGAGUACCUCCACGCCGUUAUCGAAUCCCUACGCAUCGCCUUCGCAGAUGCUAGUUGGUUUAUAGCUGAUCCAGCAUUUACCAAAGUUCCCGUCGAAGAACUAAUCUCCCAGUCUUAUCUUGCCGAACGCGCCAAACUCUUCGAUCCCCAGCGCUCUAAUCCUGAAAUCUAUGACCAUGGAUCCCCUGCCCAUAAUCAUAGUGAUACGGUCUACUUUGCUGUGACUGACAAAUGGGGCAACGGAAUAUCCUUCAUAAACUCCAACUUUGAAGGAUUUGGCAGCGGUAUUAUUCCCAAAGGCUGUGGAUUUGUUCUCCAAAACCGAGGUGGCAAUUUCUCGCUUCAAAAGGGCCAUGCUAAUGUCAUCGCUCCUGGUAAAAGGCCUUAUCAUACCAUCAUCCCGGCGAUGAUUACCAACGUCCACGACGAUUCGCUACAUAGCGUAUACGGCGUCAUGGGAGGAUUCAUGCAACCCCAAGGACAUGUUCAAGUAUUGCUUAAUAUGUUGGCAUUUAAGUUGAACCCACAAGCGGCAAUCGAUGCCCCCAGAUUUUGUAUAAGUGCAGAUGGAAUUCCAGGAGAAUCACACAAAGAGAAAAACGUGUUUCUAGAAGAGGGGAUCACCAAAGAUGUGUUUGAGAAGUUGAAGGCGUUAGGUCAUCAGGUGCAAAUGGUUGAAGGAUAUCAGAGGGGUGUUUUCGGGAGGGGACAGUUAAUCAGAGUUCAUGGGGACGAAGAUGGUGUUUUGGUUUUUAGUGGUGGUAGUGAUCCUAGGGGAGAUGGGGCAGUUUAUCCUGGUUAG